UCCCCCCACCCCUAUCAUCAAGUUGCAACCCUAGAGACGCCGGACUUGGUGUAGAAAAAAAAUCUUCUUACCUGUAAAGUUACCCCGAAAAACGUGAAAAGACCACCGAAAACGGAGCCCGAGGCCGAACGACCUACGUGUACCGCAGGAAAACGAGGAAUAUUACGAACAAGAUGUCGGACAUCUCCAGCGAGGACCUGCGUCGCGAGAUCCAGGCGGUUUUGAAGGACGCCGACCUGGCCACCAUUUCCGCGAAGAGGGUGCGCGAGCAGGUGGAGGGCAAGCUGAACUGCUCCCUGCUGAGCCGCAAGAAGGAGUUCGACAAGAUCGUGAUGGAGGUGAUCAACGAGCAGCAGGACGAGGAGGAUGAGGACGAUGACGAGGGCAAGGACCCGGACGCGGAGCCCGACGAGGAGAGCGAGCCCAGCGAGGAGGAGGAUCCCAGCAGCAGCGAGGAGGAGGCCCAGAAGAAGAAGAAGCCGGGUCCCAAGAAGAGGCCACAGCCCACCAAGCACAAGGCCCCCAAGAAGAAGCGCAAGACCCUGAAUGCCGACGAUUCCGGCACCGAGAGCGAUGCUGGCUCGGACUCGGACUACGAGGUGGUCAAGAAGCCGGCGGCCAAGAAGAAGCCCGCCAAGGCCGGAGGAGCAGGUGGCGGUUCCGGACGCAAGAGCACCGGCUUCACGCGAGCCUACAAUCUCUCACCCGAAUUGAGCGCCCUCAUGGGGGAGUCCUCGUUGCCGCGCCACGAAGUGGUCAAGAAGGUGUGGGCCAUCAUUAAGGAGCGGGAUCUGUACGAUCCCAAGAACAAGCAGUUCGCCAUCUGCGACGAUGAGCUGAUGAAGGUGAUGAAGAUCCGCCGAUUCCGCACCUUCGGCAUGCUGAAGCACCUCAAGCCGCACUUUCUCGACUAAGUCCGCCCGCCGAUCCUCUCCAGAUGCAAAUAUAUAUGUGUACGCCUCUCAGCCCAGCCUGGUUUACUGAUCCACUGUAACUUUCGGCUCCGCUUGGAUUUGUUUGUUCCACACAUACACACCUUUGAUUAAGAUUUAGUUGACGCAUGUGUUUAGCAUUAACCUAAUUAGGACGGGUUUGAUAUGCACUUUACGGCAUUUUAAGAAGUUUGUACCGUCAGCGGUAGAUAAACGCAAAAAUUAUAUAAAAAACGAUUGUAAAACAUAAAGUGUAUGAUUUUUUUAUAACAAACUCGUGUAGUUUACAUUUUAUAAAGUAUCAAAGAAAAACAUAACAAGUUUAAGGCAAAGUAUCGAGUAAUAAAACGAGAAAUAGACGAGUGAUGCAUCUGAAA